AUGAGUUUUACGGCAUCAUACUACAUAAAGCAAGCAUUCAGAUUCACGGGGGACUUUCUCCAUGUUGCAUCAAAAGUCGUGCUGAUAAGGAAAAUUUCAAGGACAAAGUCUUGCAGCGGCUUGUCGCUCAAAACCCAAUUUAUCUACGGAAUGGUGUUUGUUCUAAGAUACAUAGACUUGUUCAGGUUUUAUCCUGAUGAUCCUCUUGCUGCAUACAACAUGCUAAUGAAAAUUCUCUUCAUAGGGUUCCAGACACUCAUUCUUUUCACAAUGAGAUUUAAAUAUUUCGCCACAUACGACAGGAAGUGGGAUAAGUUCAAUAUCGUUGUGCUUAUAGUUCCCUGCUUUGUGAUUUCAAUGAUCUUCACAAAAUCGUCUUCAAGCGCCGAAGAAUUUAGCUUUGCGAGGUAUGCAUAUGGGGUGACGUACACCAUGUCCUUACUGCUAGAAAGCGUGGCAAUUCUUCCUCAGCUUGUUCAACUCCAGGAGGCUGGGGAGUCUGAAACAAUGACGUCAAGGUAUAUUCUGCUGCUUGGGCUGUACAGAGCAGCAUAUACAGUUUACUUUGCAAUCAGAAAAAUAUUCGAAGAGAAAGGCAAUGCUUCCACAAGCCUUCCGCUUGCCUGUGGAAUCAUCCAAAUACUUCUAUAUGCCGAUUUCUUUGCAAUAUACUAUAGAUAUGUUUUCAGGAGAUCCGGCAUUUCCGAUGACUUGGGGAAGAAGAGUGAACUAUAA